GCAGGCACUUCCUUCUAUCCAUCUCGAGCAGGCCCUUCGAGAACAUUGACCUCGCAAUAUUCUCUAUAUUCUCUAUACCCAUUGUACCCAUUGAUAUCGUAGCCGACCACUCACUCCCUUCCUUCUUCCUUUCCUUCCUGGCUGAAAGGAAAGCGCCUCUCCAUUCCCCAUGCGGUGGUCUGUCGUAGCCCUGGCUGGGCCGCUGCUUCAGUCUGCCCUUUCCGCAGCGUCCGCACUCACCCCGCCCGUUCUCCCGUUGACCGUGAGGAACCCGUAUUUCAGCACCUGGCUUGCCGAUGCUCGCGAUGUGCCGUGGUCGAAAUGGCCCAUAUUCUGGACUGGCGAGGAGCUUGGUUUCUCGCUCCUCGCCCAAGUGCCUAGCUCCAACACCGUAUACCCACUACUUGGAAGGCCUCAGGAUUCCCUGCCAAACGAUGGAAAAUCUGGUUAUAAAGUUGAUUACCCUACUUACAACGGCGCUACUUACGAUGCCUCAACUACCAACCUGACUUAUGUACUUCCUGGAUCGAGUGACUCGUCCAAACUGGAAAUAAUUCUGUCUUUCUUGUCCCCGAUCACACCCACAUCGACUCUGCGGCAGUCGAUUCCCGCCUCAUACCUCACCAUCCAUGUCGCCGGCAGUGUCGAUGUCAAUGUCUAUGUUGACAUGAACGGUCAAUGGGUAAGUGGUGAUCGAGAUUCGCAGCUGGUAUGGGACUUCAACGAUAUCAGUGUGGACCGUGGCGCAACAAAGCUCAAGAAAUGGCAAUUCACUCGUCAGAAUGAACUCUUGGUGUCCGAAAUUCGGGAUCGAGCUGAAUGGGGAACGUUACAUUUCGUUGCGCCGAAGGAUGUUCGACAUGAAGCUGGUACUUCCAGAACAUUGCGUGAUCGUUUCUCCAGGUCAGGCACCUUGCAGGAUACGGUGGAUCGCCGCUUCCGAUCGAUCAUGGAUGAAGAGCCUGUCUUUGCAUUCUCAAAACACUUUGCCCUAGGAAGUGGCUUGUCAACUAGCUCGGAUUCUGUGAGAUUUACCAUCGCUCAUACCCAAGAUAUAGUUAUUCAGUAUGCAUCUUCACGCGGCCUUACCUAUAUGAGACCGUUGUGGAAGUCCUGGUUCCCAACAGCCGAAGAGCUCCUUUCCUUCCAUUACUCGGAUUUCUCCGACGCCAAUAGCUUGGCAUCUAAUUAUUCGGAUCAACUGGCUAUUGAUGCAUAUAAAUCUGGUGCUGAUGAUUACGUGGAUAUCGUCACGCUCUCCGCCCGCCAGGUUCUUGGUGCCACAAGCUUCUCUGGGACAGCCGAGAACCCCCUUCUCUUCUUGAAAGAGAUAUCCUCCGAUGGAAACACUCAGACUAUUGAUGUCAUUUAUCCAGCGUUCCCAUUUUUCUUAUAUACAAGUCCUCGCUGGCUAGCAUAUCUUCUGGAACCGUUGGUCGAACAUAUGUUAAGCGGGCAGUAUCCUAACACUUAUGCCAUGCAUGACCUAGGAACCCAUUUCCCAAAUGCUACUGGCCAUCCAGACGGAAAUGAUGAAUAUAUGCCAGUUGAAGAAUGUGGAAAUAUCCUCAUCAUGGGACUUGCGUUGGUCAACUCUCUCCGUUAUACUGAUAGUCAAGAGUCUGUCUCCCCAUGGGCAGGCCAAGGCCAUUUAACCCCGGAGACCCUGUAUGAGGGCGCACCUUUAUUCCCCUUACUCGACCUUCGGACAAACUUUGGAAUCGACAAACAGGAUGGCAGAUGGGGUGGUCCAGGCCAUGGAGCCAAAGACGCUCGCAAGUGGGUGCAGAGAAGCUACCGAUUGUGGAAGCAGUGGACAGGUUACCUCGUGGAGUUUUCCUUGGAACCAGAAAACCAACUUUCAACUGAUGAUUUCGCAGGAUGGCUUGCUCUUCAAACAAACUUGGCACUAAAGGGAAUUAUUGGUAUCAAUGCUAUGAGCCAGAUAGCAGAUGUUGCAGGUCAAGCCAAUGAUGCUUCCCAUUUCAAGAACAUCGCCGAUGACUAUGUUGCCAAAUGGGAAGAAUUUGGAAUGUCCCGUGACGGCACUCAUGCAAAACUAGCCUAUGACUGGUACGGGUCCUGGACUACUUUGUACAACAUCUACGCCGACGCCCAGCUCUGUUUCCACCUGGAUGGUGUGACGGAAACAGUCGGUGACUUUGCCCAGACGCCCCUUAGGCCAAAGAAGCAGGGUUUUGUACCCAGGCACAUCUAUCAAAAACAAUCAAACUGGUACCAUUAUGUUCGGCAGAAAUAUGGGUUGCCACUUGAUAGCCGCCACCUGUACACCAAGACUGACUGGGAAUUCUUCUCUAUGGCUGUUGCCAGCGAGCAAGUCCGUAGCGAAAUCCUGGAAUCUGUGGCAACCUGGGUGAAUGAAACUGCCACUGACCGGCCGUUUACUGACUUGCACGAGACUGAAGGAAAUGGUGGGUAUCCCGGUAUCUUCUUCAUAGCUCGACCGGUAGUUGGAGGCCAUUUUGCCUUUUUGGCACUGCAGCGAGCCUGUGGGGGAAAGGCUAUGGAUGGACUUUCAUUCUUGGAUGACGUCGACCCAGAUGGGGAUGAACUCACUGCCGCAGCGGCCGCCGAGUUCAACCGAAUGCGUCGCCCAUCCUUGAAUGGUGAUCUGUGAUAAGAUUACUGUAUUGUUCACGUGAGAACGCGAUGCUUUGAGUAUCAAUAUUGAUAUUGUUGUCGUGGGUGGAAGACUUUUUUCAUGUCAUUUUUACCCUCCAAAAUCGCACUCUUUCGAAGAAAACUGUAUCUUUGAGUCGUUGAGUCUCUAUUUAUAUAGUCCAUGAUCAUGAAUCCUUUUGAAUGGUGUCCCUGCUGAGAAUUCCUAGUACUCUAGAUACAACCAAAUAUCCCAAUAUUGUAG